AUGACUUCUGCUGAACGAGGUACGCUGGUGACAGUCGCGGUUGCAAUCUCAGCUCUUGGUAAUAUGGUUCCUCCGUUCUUCGUAUUCCCACGUGUGCACUACAAAGAACAUUUUAUUAGGGGUGGCCCGGUUGGUUCAGAUGGCGAUGCUAAUCCUUCUGGAUGGAUGAAAGAAGAUAAUUUUAAAAAAUUCUCUAAACAUUUCGUAAAAUAUGUAAAACCCAGUAAAGAAAAGCCUGUUUUAUUACUUCUAGACAACCACGACUCGCAUUUGUCUAUUGAAGUACUUGACUAUUUUAAAGAAAAUGGAGUAACGGUUUUAUCAUUUCCUCCCCACUGUAGCCAUAAGCUGCAGCCUUUAGAUAGAACUAUUUAUGGGCCACUUAAGAGAUAUUUCAACAAAGCAUGCGACAACUGGUUAGCAAGUCACCCAGGUAAGACUAUUACGAUCUAUGACAUACCUGAGUUGGUGGAAACAUCAUUACCAUUGGCAGCUACAAUUGAUAAUAUACAAUCUGGAUUCCGAGUCACUGGGAUAUCACCACUCAAUGAAAAUGUAUUUCCUGACUCGGAGUUUAGCGGAUCUUAUGUAACUGACAGACCAACACCAGACUUUCCUAUUAGUGCACUACCAACAGCGUCAGUUAUUGACAGUGCUGCUCUAUUAACUUCUCAAGCAAGACCUUCACAUGACCCAGGUAACGACACUGAUGUUGCUUUUUUAAUAAGUGAUGAAUUUGACAUGCCAAUAUCAACAUUACAUACUUCUUGCGAGUUGCCUUGUAUUUUAGACGCAAUUUCAGGAACGAAUGAAGAUAAAGGAUUUAAAACUCCUGAAAAAAGUCCGGUGACCCAAGCAAGAAGUUUGAAUAUGCCCAGUACUUCGUUUAAUUUACCUGAAGAGAUAAGACCAUUUCCAAAAGCUGGACCACGUUUGGAAAAUAAAAAAAAUAUUCGAAAAAGAAAAAGCACUAUUUAUACAGACACACCAGAAAAAGAAAAUCUAAUGGAACUCAAAAUAAAACAGCAAUCUCGUAAGACGCUGACAAAGAAAUCAAAAAAACCAAAGAUAAUGGAAGAAAAAUUUAAAGGGGCUAGUAAGGGUAAGGGAAAAGGAAAAAAAGCUUUUCAUGAGACGAAUAAGAGGAAUAAUGACGAAGACAAAAGUGAUGAGGAUGAUACAUUUUGUUUAGAGUGCACUGAAUCUUAUAGUUUGAGUAUUCCUGGAGAGGAAUGGAGUAUUCCUGGAGAGGAAUGGAUUCAAUGCACUACGUGCAAGUUAUGGGCCCAUGCAAAAUGUACAAAUGGCAAUAUUUUGUUCUAUGAAUGCAAAAAUUGCACCUCUGAUUUUGAAGACUGA